AGUGUUUCCAUAUAUAGUAAUGAGUCAUCUUUGUUGGGACAAAUCAAAAAGGAAAGUGGGUCAUCUUUAGUGGGAUGGACGGAGGGAGUAUUAACAUUUUGAUGUUAUCAUUGUUGGAAUUAGUGAUGAAGUUGUGCUUUUUUGCUUCGUGAAAAUUGUGUUUUUGAAGUUGUGUUUUAUGCUAAAAUGAUGUCACUUUACAAUUGAUAAACUAAUGCUAAAAAAUGAAGAGGUGGAAAUUACAAGUUCAGGUAAAAUAUGUUUGCCUGAUAGAAUUUGUAGUAAAAAAAAGAGACCUCAAUUGAAAUUGAGAAAGUAAGUGAAAUACACACAAAAAAAGGGCCAUGCCAAGUUUCAUACUCUUUUUUAUUUCAUAAAAAUAGACUUAAAAUAGUAAUUUUUUCCUAUAAUAAGGUGAGCAUAAUCUACCCUAACAAUAUUUUAGUCACUUUUAUUUUUAUCUUUCUCAUACUUUAAGUUGUGAGCAUUUUUUCUUACCACUAUUAUUUAAACUUUUAUUUGUUUUUGGUACUGCCUAGAUUAUAUAAGUUGUAGUGUUAUACCAUCGGGAUUGCAUAAAAAUCCAAUUAUCAAAUAAUCAAAAAUAAAUUACAGUCCAAUUGGGUUCUGGUUAAUUUUUUUUGUGUGUGGCUAUUUUUAAUUAACGAAUAAUUGAACAGUUCAAUCGGUUAACCAGUGAUUUUACUUUUUAGUUCGAUUAUAACCAAACCAACCUGGUAUACACAAAGAUCAAAGUUCAAGUUAUUUUUCAAAUAAAAAAAUAAUUCCAAAAAAUAUUAAACAAAUAAAAAAUUAUUUUAAUAAAUUGAAGGGGGCUUUUUAGGAAAUUAAAAAUUAUUUCCCGGCAGAGAAACUCCUUUUUAGGCGGGAAUUAUCGCCAUUCAUUUUCUCCUCAAAACACUCCAACUUCUGCUUCCGCCGCCGUCGCCGGAAAGGUGAAGUUUCCUCCUCCGCUUCUGUUUCCGGUUAAACCCCAACUUCUAUUCUUUACUUUAUUAUUCUUAGUUGCUUGCUUGUAUAGCGUCGGACAAUGCGAAGCAAUUAAAUUACUACUCUAUUUAGGGUUUUCGUAUUAAAUAAAUCUCAAUUAAAUGAUGAAUCAGAAUACGAUUUCGUCGCCAUUUGUAGAGAUUCAAGUGCUGACUUGUUUAAUGUGUGUGUGGUUUUACUUUAUUUCCUUUUUAGUUUUACUUUAUUAAUUGAAGUGAAGUUUAUUGUGAAGGGGAAGUGAAAAUUGUGCAUCUAAAACCCCCAAAAAUUAACUGCUUGAUGUUUGUUGAACUUACACAAGGUUUUUGAUUACACAAGGCCUUGAAAUCUAGCUAGUUAUGGAUUAUUGAUGAUUAUUGAAGGCUUGUGACUGAGAUUUUGCUCUCAUCUCUUGAGAAAAGCUGACAAAAAUCCUAAUUUGUGAGUAUUUUGUAGAGUUGGCAUGCUUUCUCCAGCAUUUCAUGCUUGAGAAAUCUGUUUCUUGAGCUUUUAGAGUUAGAGCUGUGUGUGUUUGUGUGUGUGGUUCUGUAUUUUUUUAAAUUUAUUCAUCAUAUUUUGUUCUGUUUUUUUUGUAUGUUGAUCAAUGUGAAAUUUCAUUCAGAUGGAUGGGGAUAAAGUUAUUUUGGCUCAUCACGGGCAAUGGCAGGGACACAUAUACCGAACUAGGACGGAGUCACUCAUCUUCUGGCCGGUGCUGAAGACGUCUCUGGAUGAAUUCAUGGAUCUCGUGCAUAGCAUUGUCGAGGCUGAUCUGACCAAAUACAAGUAUGUUCUGUAUUGUCUGGUCUCUCUUGAGGACUCUCAAGUGAAAUCGAGAAUCUUUACGACACGAGAUUUGCACCGUGCUGCCAAGAUGUUAGCAACGCCUAAAUUCUUCGUGACUCUUGAUUGGAGGAAGCCCCAUAAAGAAUCCCCUCCUUGUAAUGAUCAGAUUCCAACUGUCCAGCGUUUGCAAACUAGUGUUGUUUCUAGGAACAAACACCCUCGUCCACCUUCGUAUAGUCCACCAUCUACGUAUUAUCCACCAUCUGCGUAUUACGGAACAAGGCCUAGCUCAGCACCGGUGGCCAAAUCAAAGGCUGUCAACCAGCCUAACAAAGUGGCAAAGGUUUUUGAAGGUCAAACUGCUGGGAAAAACUUAUGUGGCAUUGAUGGAGGUAAUCACGACGAGGUGCGCUCAGAUGACGAGGAUAAAGUUAUUGUGGCUCAUCAGGGAUGUUGGCGGGGACAAAUAUACAAACCUGCGAUGGAGUCACUCAUCUUCUUGCCGUUGCUGAAGACAUCUUUCGAUGAAUUUGUGGAUCUCGUGCAUAGAAUUGUCGAGGCUGAUCAGACCAAAUUCAAAUAUGUUCUGCAUUGUCUGCUCUCUCAUGUGAAAUGGAGAAUCUUAUCGACACAAGAUUUGCACCGUGCUGCCAAGAUGUUCAAAACACCUAAAUUCUUCGUUACUCUUGAUUGCAGGCUCCCCACACCAUCCCAUCCUACUAAUGUGGUCAAGUCAAAGGCUUCUCAAGGUGCAUUUGGUGACAAUCAAAUUCCAACUGUCCAUUGUUUUCCAACUAGUGACGAUGAAGAUAAAGUUAUUCUGGCUCAUCACGGGGAAUGGAAGGGACAGCUAUACCACUCUGGGACGGAGUCACUUAUCUUCUGGCCGUUGCUGAAGACAUCUUUCGAUGAAUUCGUGGAUCUCGUGCAUAGAGUUGUCGAGGCUGAUCAGACCAGAUUCAAGUAUGUUCUGACUUGUGUGAUCUCUCAUGAGUACUCUCAAGUGAAAUGGAGAAUCGUAUCGACACAAGAUUUGCAUCGUGCUGCCAAGAUGUUCAAAACGCCUAAAUUCUUUGUGAGUCUUGAUUGGAGUGACCCCACGCCAUCCCCUCCUUCUAAUGAGGUCAAGACAAGGGCUUCUCAAGGUGCAUUUGGUGAUGAUCAAAUUCCAACUGUCCACUGUUUUCAAACUGGUGAUAGUGAGGAUAAAAUUAUUGUGGCAUAUCACGGGGAUUGGGUGGGACGGAAAUACCAAUCCGGGAAGGAGUCACUCGUCUUCUGGCCGUUGCUGAAGACAUCUUUCGACGAAUUCAUGGAUCUCGUGCAUAGAAUAGUCGGGUUUAAUCAGACCAUAUUCAAGUAUGUCCUGCAUUGUCUGGUCUCUCAUGAGGACUCUCUAGUGAAAUGGAGAAUGUUAUCAACACAAGAUUUGCACCGUGCUGCCAAGGUGUUCAAAACGCCAAAAUUCUUCAUGACUAGUGAUUGGAGGCUCCCCGCGCCACCCCCUCCUUCUAAUGAGGGCAAGUCAAAGGCUUCUCAAGGUGCAUUUGGUGAUGACCAAAUGGAUGUCAACCAGCCUAACAAAGUGGCAAAGGUUUUUGAAGGUCAAACUGCAGGGAAAAACUUAUGUGGCAUUGAUGGAAGUAAUCACGACGAGGUGAGCUCAGAUGAUGAGGAUAAAGUUAUUGUUGCUUAUAACGGGGAUUGGUCGGGAUGGAAAUACCAAUAUGGGACGGAGUCACUCUUCUUCAUGCCGUCGUUGCUGAAAACAUCUUUAGAUGAAUUCAUGGAUUUCGUGCAUAGAAUUGUCGAGGCUGAUCAGACCACCUUCAAAUAUGUUCUGCAUUGUCGGGUCUCUAAUGAGGACUCUCAAGUGAAAUCGAGAAUCCUAUCGACACAAGAUUUGCACCGUGCUGCCAAGAUGUUUAAAACGCCUAAAUUCUUCGUGACUCUUGAUCGUCUCCCUACACCAUCCCCUCCUCAUGAGGUCAAGUCGAAGGCUUCUCAAGGUGCAUUUGGUGAUCAAAUUCCACCCGGCCAUCAUUUUCCAACUAGUAGUCGUGGACUCAACUAUGGGAAAGGUAAUUAUUACGAGGUGAGCUCAGAUAGUGAGGCUUCUCAAGGUGCAUUUGGUGAGCGAAUUCUAGCUGGCUAUCAUGUUCCAGCUAAUGGUCAUGGACUCAACUAUGGGAAAGGUAAUCACAACGAGGUGAGCUCAAAUAAUGAGGUCAAGUCGAAGGCUUCUCAGGGUGCAUUUGGUGAUCGAAUUCCAACUGGCCAUCGUUUUCCUACUAGUAGUCGAGGACUCAACAAUGAGAAAGGUAAUCACAACGAGGUGAGCUCAGAUGAUGAGGACUACAAGAAUGAGAGUUGGGUGGAGGUGGUGCGUAAAACUAUAUACGAUAAUUUAGGGUGGGAGGAGGACGAGUACUUCAUCCCGGAGGAUGUGCCAUGGGGCAGACUCACGCCUCCGGUGGGACUUAUCAUUGGUGGUUUAAACGAGCGAGUCCUGAGGAGCAGAAGGAUUCCAAUGGAACACACAUUCGAAGAUUGGUGGCCGAGGGUGUUGUCUCGCUUGCCCGGUUGUGGGGUUGCACCGGCUGGUGAGACGGUUACAGAGGUGGUCGAUGAGACAGUUGUGGAGGUGCUUGAUAGUUGGUCUUCUUGUCUAAAGAAAUCCAGCGUUUAGUGCUGCACAAAUAUGUGAUGUUGAAUUUCCUCCUAUUUUGACAUCAGCAUCAAACGUGCUUAAACCCGGUGACAUUUUGAAGCAAUCCAGAAUAUUUUCCAU